AUGGCUGGGCUAUCUCAUAUGCAACAACCCCUUGAAGCCGCAAAUCAUAUGAGAUAUGAGCUCAGGCAGAUCAAGCAAACAUCCCCCCCUGAGACCGCCUUCAUCCAGGAUCCCAGAGGUAUAGAGGAUGCGGGGAACAAUAUCGAGUUAACCCCAUUCAAUGCAGGACAAGAAUAUGAUCCACUUAUUGAUCAUACGGAAUACGAUCUCCCUCCUUUGAAUCACAAGCCCUUCUUCCUUCAACCCUGGGUCCUUCUAUGUGCGGUACUCAUCAAUGUGGGUUGGACUAUCUGGCUGGCUAUAGCAUACAGCAGACCGGUAUGGCAAGGCCCAGAGUUUAUUUUGGGCGGACUCUUUUCAGGUUACGUUGCAACGGCUACGAAAUUUGUCCUGUCUCAACAAGUCCGUAUGAUUGGUAAAAUCAUGCCAUAUCGGAAUAUGCGCUAUGCUAAUUGCUGCAAUGUGAAAGAGACAAUUGACUCCGAUUACUGGCCGUACGAAUGGCCGUUCGUUAGAUUCCGCGCACUUCGAAAUGGAGAUCACUUCUUCCAACUUGUGGAUAUUGUUGCAUUUGUUUUUACGAGCGCAAUUAUAGAGUUUGAAAGUAACAUCUUGGGCAAUAUAUACGAUACAACGACGGAUUAUUCUACAUUUAUUGGCUAUGGCCCAAAUCGUGGAGUCAUUCUUAUUUCUAUUAUAUGCCAUGUCGGAUUUAUUCUCACCUCUGUUGGCAUUUUAGCCUGGCUUCAAUUCAACGAAACCGGGCUUCGUGAGGAUCCAGGGUGCUUGGCUUUGUAUCUCACAAUGUUCAGUAAGGAGGAUAUUCAGAAGGACUUUCAGGGCAUUGAGGAUGAGGACCGCAGAUGGGUUGUACGAAAGAGACUGACUCAGAAUGAGUAUCGGAUUGGUUACUGGAGAAAAGGCCAAAAUGCAGUAUACGGAAUUAGAAGAAAGAUUCAUGAAGGUUCCUUUGGAGGCUCUGCUGAAGCCACUUUAUCUCGCUCUGGUCGGCCUCGAAAGCACACUGAGUAUCCUGAGUUUCGCUACGUUCCAUGGUUCCUAAAACCCUUCUGGAUAGUGGUGUGGGUUUCUAUGCUGGCUGCUUCACUCGCUAUAUUGUCAACCCUGGUGAUACGUGACAGCAUCAUUGACAACGGCUUCGACCCGCGCGUGUCUACUGCGAUUACUCCAUUCGUUGAUAUCUCUCCCGCGGCAUUUCUUUGGAGCUUCUUCCCAGCAUUCAUGGCCGAGCUCUUUCUUUUGCUUCUGCAGAGCAUCGACACAUUCUAUCGACUUGUUCAGCCAUACGUGGAUUUAAAACGGAAGACUGCCACAAAAGACUCCGUCAUCAAAUCUUUUCGGAUAAACUACAUUAACGAUCUCCCGGUGGUAGUGAGUCUUCGAGCUCUGAAGAAUGGCCAUACCAAGGUUGCGCUUAUUUCAUUAUUUGCACUCUUCGCUGAGCUAAGUCCAGGAUUUGCUGCGAACAUGUUCUAUGUCCAAGGAGACUGGAUGUGGGUCUGGACCAGAUACUAUUGGCCGGUACUUGUAUAUCUGUGCCUGUUGAUUUUGUUCCUACUCUGGAUAAUUCCCACCCAGAAGAGAAACAUGCCUCGCGACUUAGAGACGAUUGCGGACCAUAUGGCCUUAUUUUCGCAGAGCUCUCUUCUUGACGGCGGCAAGUUUCAGGUUGAAGAAGAGUUGCGAGAAAAGUCGCGAACCAAAACGAACUGGAUAUCAUCUGCUUCAAAAGUACUUAUAUCGCCCCAGGCUUCUAUUUCGCAGCUCAAGAAGAGGCUAAUAGGGCCCUCAACUCUUGUGGAAGAAGUCGCUAAGAAAAUUCGCUUAGGGUCGGUGGACAAUCUACCGAGGUUUGGGAUUUGGCAAGGGAACGGAUCGUUCAUUGUUGGAAUUGAUAGUGAAAGUCCUAGGAUGAUUUCACUGUUUGAAGAUAAUUACUAUAAACCGGACUGGGAAGAUAUUAUUAAUUCUUACAGAGAUCUGCUUUGUUGA